GAAGAGGAUGGAUUUUGCCUUUUCUGGUGGCUAAAGCCGGACUGACUGAGAGGAACUCUUUUUGUUCAACUGGUGCUGAGACUGUUAGGUUGAAAUGGUGUGAGAGCAAACGUAAGGAAAUAAUUCACGGCUAUUGUAAGGGCCACACCUCCAGGACUAAGCCAUGGAUGAUGAUAUUGAACGACGUAGAGAACUAAGAAGGCAGAAGAGAGAGGAGAUGCGGAUUGAAGCUGAAAGGUUGUCCUAUCGGCAGAAUGAAGAGGAUGAGGAGGAGGCGGCUCGUGAACGCAGACGAAGAGCACGUCAGGAACGUAUGCGCAGUAAGGAGAUUGAGGAAGCUGCCAACCCUGCUGAUGAUGUGGAGCUAAACAGCCACAGUGUGGCAGUCACAGAGUCGGUGUCAAGCUCGGGUCAUGCCGGUGAAGGAGACGAUGAAGAACAGGCCCUGUUAGACCGCCUGGCCAAGAGAGAGGAGCGCAGACAGAGGAGAAUGAAGGAGGCGCUCGAUAGACAGAAGGAGCUGGAGCCUGACACCCCUUCCUACACCUCCUACAGCACCGAGCUCUCCUCCACCUCCAGCUCCACCCGCCAAGCCUACUAUGACCAGGAGGGAGAGCCAGUGCUCAAUAGCAAAAAGGAGGAAAAAGACCAGGAGGAGGUGGCACUGCAGGAAGAGGAGGAGGAGGAGAAACAGAAAGUGGAGGAGAUUGUGGAGGAGAAACCACGGAGGUCUUACCUGAGGGAGCAGGAAUCCACUGAGGAAAAACCUAAAAUUGAUGAUGAGAUGGAGGAUGAGGAUGUAGGAAGGAAAACCAAGCAGCAGAAUGGAGGAGUGUAUGAGGAGGGCAAGCACAAGAAGAUGGAGAGAACCCUGAGUCGUGGCAGCAUGCGCUCUUUCGAGGCUCCAGCAACAGAUGAAGAAGAGGCAGAGCAGGCACGUCUGGAGGCUGAAAGAAAGCUGGAGGAGCUGAAGCGCAGGAGAGACGAGACGGAGAACGAGGAGUUUGAGAGGAUGAAGCAGAAGCAGCAUGAGGCUGAGGCUGAGCUGGAGGAACUGAAGAGGAAGAGGGAGGAGAGGAGGAAGGUGCUGGAAGAAGAGGAGAAGCAGAGGAAGCAAGAGGAGGCUGAGAAAAAAGCUAAAGAGGAGGAGGAGAAGAGGAGGAUGAAAGAGGAGAUAGAGAGGAGGAGGGCCGAGGCGGCUGAACGCAGGCAGAAAGUUGGAGAGGAGGUGGACGGAGAAGCCAGCAAGCCUUUUAAAUGUGUGAGCCCACGUGGAUCUUCCCUGAAGAUUGGUGAGAGAGCAGAAUUCCUGAACAAGUCAGCACAGAGAAGUUCUGUAAAGGCAUCUCACUCCCCCGUGGUGUCAAAGAUUGAUAACAGAUUGGAGCAGUACACCACGGCUGUGCAGACUAACAAGGAGGUGCGUUCACCUCGCUCGGGCACCAUGGACCUUCCUACGGUGUCUGACGGAGUCCGCAAUAUUAAGAGCAUGUGGGAGAGGGGCAACGUGUUCGGUUCCAACAGCAACACACCAUCCAGCAACAAGGAUGCAGCUGGAAUAAAGGUGGGUGUCGCUGGCCGCAUCAACGACUGGCUUACCAAAACCCCAGAGACGGGCAAGAUGUCAGGAGGGAGACCUGUGGACCUGAAACCUGGCGAUGUGACCGGCAAGCGCAGUCUAUGGGAAAACAAAAGCUCCUCAGCUACCAAGGUGGCGAGCAGAGGAGAGAGCAAAUCUUUUGCCAAUGGAAUGGGUCACUAACUUUUCCAAGAAGCCAUGGCACCAGGGACCAAGUGAAAGCACCAUCUUCUUUAUAUAUGAAUCAAUUCUACCAAAAAUAGUCCACAUUUCUAACUGCCCAGACAUCUUAAAAAAGCAAGGAACAGAGAGUUCUAUUUUCUCCCCCACUUGAAGGCCUCUGUCAUGUAUGAUCGUAAUUACAGAGCAGUGCUUCACAUAAAGAUCAGUCUAAAACACAUUCACAUUGACCUGAAUACAGAGAAAUCAUCCUGUGACUAUUUCAUUUAGAUAAAGAUGGAUAAGAUGUAUUUAAACACUUUACAUAUUUUACACAUCAUUAAUUUUUAUUCUUUAAGCUCUUCUCUGCUAGUCACCCUUUACACUUUUAAUUUAAGCCAAGCUUCACAACUUUGUAUUUUAUUCAUGAUCACAGACCAGGGCAGGAUGAAUCCGAUCACCAUAGAGUAGUGUGUUUUUACUUUUGUCAUAAUGACACAUUUAAUAGUAAAACUAUGGUCUUAAUAAUAUAUGUUAGCACAUAGUGUAUGUUUGUAAUUAUAUAUUUUAUAUGUCGCCACUUUAUAUGAAACAUUCUUGCUUUUCUUAUCAGUAAUAAGAUUUAUUAAGAAUUUUACUCUGAAUACAUUCAUAAACAUUCCAUGAUUUUUAUUACAGUAUUUCCUGUAUUCAUUUUUAUUUCAAGUGCUUUAUCAGGCAGUAUAUUUGACUUGAUAUAUUUUGAGUUCUAAUAGAUUGAAAUGCUUCGCUCUGCACUGAAAAGGGAACAUUCUGUACUUCCUGAUGAAAAUUAACAAAAAAACCUGUGACUAUGACACAUAUUUCUUUGCAUAUAAUGCUUGCUCUAUUAUAAGUAAAGCUUUAUUAUUAGGAAAGCACGAGUGUGUUUAGUAGGUGAAAGGACAGAUGGCUCAGAGCCAUUACUGAGGACCAAUUUAUGUUGUUUCUAGAGUAAAACAUUAGUAGUUUUCAAGUAAGGGUGGGCAAUAUGGCAAAAUUAAUUACAGUCUUAUGUAAAAGUUUGGACACACCAGUACACUUUCACUUUUUUCCUGUGUAAAAAUAAUUAGCACAUACACUGAUCAAUCAUAACAUUGAAACCACCUCCUUGUUUCUA